AUGUGGAGACCCACACGAUGGCUAAGUUUGCGUCUCACACCGGAUCCUUCGUUAGUUGUCCUUCCAGCUGGCGUGAGGCGCGUUGAAGUGUACCGCAACGCAGUGAGCAGCCGGGAGGAGAGUAUUAUCUGGGACGAGCUCAGCCUUGUGCUUGAGCGGGAGGGGCAGAAGGCGCUGUCGGAGCGCUCGACCCCGCAGAGCAAGAUCGUGAAACAUACAUAUCUUGAGAUGCACGGGGAUCAACGGUUUACGGAAGUAAAGAGCUGGCAAAGAAAGGAAUUGCGGCGGCUUCCGGGGCUUGUUUGGUCGCCAACCCUAAUGGCGUGCAUGCGGGAUGUUGCUCCGGCUCUGCUGGGCUCUGUGCCGGACACCGCGCGAGUGGUUGAGCACAAUAUGCCUGGUUAUGAGAUGCACAUUGAACAUCCCACAGUGGGUUGCUGCUUCCUUUACCUCUCUCUUUUGUCGGACACAGUGCUGUCGUUUGAUGAUGAGCCGACGGGGCGCCGUGGGCAGGUCUUUUUGCCACAGCGAUCAUUGAUGCGCUGCUCUGGUGAGGCCAGGUGGGGGUGGCGAUUUGGCGAACAACCCAACGACACGCACACAUUUAUUAGCGACGCUGGUGUUCGGCGUGUGGUGGAGACAGACAUGCGACUUAGCGUGCAGUUGUGGAGGUUCACGCCACAGUUGCUGGAUGCGAGGGUUCUUCAGGACCGUGUGGAGGCGUCAAUCCGUCGCCUUGAAGAGAGAGAGAAGAAUGGAUCUGACGUGAGGCAUACGGAGGAGCCGUGUGAGUCUCCCAAAAGUGAUUUUUCUGCGGCAUCUGUUGGGCAAAACACGGGUGGGGGCCCUCUUGGCGGGGAUUACGCGGCAAACACGUCUCCCCAUCCGGGAGGCGGCACGAAGAUUACAAUGGGUACGAUUGAAAAAGACUACGACAAGUACAAGCAGAAAUUUCAGAAUGUUCAUGGGGUAUUACAAGAGAUGAAGGCGUUGCAGGACGCUGGGCAGCCCAUCAAUGACAUGUGGUUGAAACGAAAGAUUUUGGAUGGCCAGGGAAACGCCGAGCAGGACACAAGUGAUGGCUUUGAUGCGGAGGAUGUGGAAGGUACAUGGGAUCGAGUGGAUGCACGAGCACGCUUUUACAAGGCACGGCUGAAGAGCAUGGACUACGACGGUAGUGCAAGCCUUAACAAUACGAUGCCAGACAUAACGGAGGAUGCACCGCUUGAUAUGAAGAAAACGAUACGAAAGAUUGCACCGCUCGUGAAGGAUGGAGAAAAGAUUGUCGCAAGUUUUCCUGGUUUACAGUGA